UUCCCGGGCAUUUCAGGGUGUCGUUCCCCCUUUGGCUCCCAAUGAUAAACAAGGAGCCAGUGAAAAGUAUUUUUGGAUGUGCUAAGGUGUCUGUCUUUUAAAUUAUUUGUUCAUACAUGUAGCCCAGUGCUUCUGGGAACAAAACUUACUGCAGUGUGUUAAACAUUGUAAUAUCUAUGCACGUUAGAUGGUAACGUGUGCCCCUCUCUUCUCUUCAUCUACAAGUCAUAGAGAUAGAUAGAGUUGGAGUCCUUUUAAGUUUCUAUCUCUUCUUCUGUAAAUCAAUUAUGUCUGUCUUCAGUAAACCGACUCUGUAACGUACGUACGAGAGGAUCUCUCUUUCUCGGUCAUCAAUAUAAUCCCGCGGGCUCUCCUCUGGAGGGUUGAGACGCUUCAUCAUAGUUUUUACAUGGUAUACAGAGCCCUUCCCUUCCAUCACAUCUAGCUACCUCCCUCAACCUCCUGCCAUGGCAUCCUCCUCAAGCUCUGCAUCAACCUUCUCCCUCAACUCCCAAGUCUCGGAGAAACUUACUAGAACAAACUUCAUCCUAUGGCGCGCCCAAGUGCUAUCGCAGAUUCGAGCUGCGGGCAUGUAUGGCUACCUAGACAAAUCCUCCCCUGAACCUUCCAAAACAAUCACCACCAAAGACUCUGCAGGCAAGGAUUAGAUCAUCGUCAACCCUGAGUACACGGUCUGGGUAAGGGAGGACCGGCAGGUGCUCGCCUACCUGCUCAACAAUCUCUCAAAAGAGGUGUUGAUUCAGGUUGCUUCGCAUGAGAGAUCACAUGCGAUCUAGACAGCCUUGACCAGCAUGUUUGCUUCUACGUCAAGGUCUCGCAUCAACAAUCUUCGUCUCAAUCUGACGAACGCACAGAAGGGAAAUCAAUCUGCGACCACCUACUUUGGCCACAUGAGGUCCCUUGCGGACGAGCUCGCCAUGGCCGGAGAACCCAUCACCGAUGGGCAGCUACUCUCCUUCAUCAUCGCCGGCCUAGAUAUGGACUAUCAACCUAUUAUUUCGGCCCUGGAGGUUCGCACCGAUCAAGCCUCCGUCGACGAUCUCUUCUCUAUGGUGAGCAACUUCGACCAGCGUGUUGAACUUUUUCAUGGCAGUGGUGCUGGCGGCUUCAAGUCUUCAGCCAACCUGGCUGGACGCGGCCGCGGUGGUGGUGGCGGCUUUUCCAAGGGGCGAUCGCGCAAGGACAACAGCAGCAGCGGUGGCACCUACCCUAGCCAGGGCAGCAGAUAUCCUGGCCAAGGAGGUGGCGGCUACCACGACCCCAACAGUUACGGUGGUGGUGGGCAAUCCGGCGGCUAUGGGAUGGGUCACCCUCACCAAGGAGGCGGCAAUGGCUACCGUGGCCAGAACGCAGGCUAUGGUGGCAGUCAUGACAAUGGCCAUGGAGGCUACAACAACUACGGCUACAAUGGAGGCUACAACAACAACUAUCAAAAUUGUGGUGGUGGUGAUGUUAUUUGUCAAAUCUAUAAGAAACCUAAACACAUUGCAAAAGAUUGCAAGUGGCGCUAUGCAGAGGAUAACUCCAGGAAGAAGAAGGUAGCAGCUGCCAUUGACACUUCCUACGGAGUUGACACAAACUGGUACGCCGACACGGGUGCCACAGAACACAUAAUAGGUGAACUUGAGAAGAUCACCAUGCAUGAGAGAUACCAUGCCCAUGAUCAAAUCCAUAACGCCGAUGGGACAGGAUCAAGCCACGAGGAGAAUAAUUUAUCGAGGUACAUGCGUGGAUGGACUCUACCGUUGAUUCCGAAGUUUAGGAGACUCAAUAAACAAGUGCUCGGUGUCAUCAAACUUUCCUUAGAUAGAUGGCAUCAUCGUUUAGGCCACCCUGCUUUUUCUAUUGUUCAUCAAGUUCUUAGUAAAAAUAAGCUCCCGGCUGUUGGUGAGCAUAGUUUAGACACUAUUUGUGAUUCAUGUCAGAGAGCUAAAAGUCAUCAAUUACCAUAUCCCGUUUCCACUAUUGUUUCUGUCAAACCUUUGGAACUCAUUUUUUCUGACGAUGGAUCAGUUACAAAGUUAAAAGAAAAAGAGGAUGGAUCAGUUACAAUAUGCUCAAACGUGCAACACAGCAUUCCACAGUUCUAA